AUGACAGUCGCGGACCGUACGCCGAUCAAUCGCCGCUCCUCUACGCAGCACUACCAGACAUUCGAUACACCUCCGCCCAAGUCGCGUGGACGUCCAAAUUCGGGCCAGUCGGAGUCCUCUGGGGAAGCCUCGCACGAUUACCACCAUGACCUCACCGAGCACCAUACACAGUCGCCACUGCCGAAGAAACAGAUGGCUGUGUUGGCUAUGAUUGCCCUGGCGGAGCAAACAGCGCUCAACUCGAUUAGUCCAUAUCUGCCGGAUAUGGCAUCCACCUUCCCCGAGGUGGAGCCGAGCCAAGUGGGUGUCUACGUGGGAUCGAUUGCUUCAGCAUUUGCCCUUGCACAAUUCGGCACAAACUAUUUCUGGGGUUGGCUCUCCGACCGCAUUGGGCGCAAGCCGGUCAUCCUCCUCGGUACUUUGUUGACAGCGCUCUGCUUCGUUGCGUUUGGGUUUUGCAAGACCCUGUGGCAAGCUAUCGCGGUCCAGGCAAUCAUGGGUGUAGUCAACGGUAACCAGGGCCUAGUGUCGACUUGUCUGGGUGAGAUCACGGACCGAAGCAACCAGUCUCAGGCCUUUACAUACCUCCCCGUCCUCUACGGUAUUGGCGGUAUCACGGGUCCUCUCUUGGGAGGGCUACUCGUCUUCGAGCGCAACCCUUUCACGGGGAACAAAAGCACAUAUCCGUACCUGGCACCAAACCUUUUCUCCGCUUUUAUCCUUCUGGUGGACUUCGUCUUGACUGCAUUAUUCAUGGAGGAAAGCCUGGAAGAUGCCGACACCCUUCCGAAGUUUGGCAAAAAAGUUCGCAGUCUCUUCUCAUGGAUCUGGCAGUUCACAGGCUUUUCCCCGCACCCAACCUAUCUACGGGUUCCAGACGGCCCCAUCCGGCGCAACACUGGCGAUAGUCAAGAACAUGACAGUGACCUGGACUCGGCUUCAGAGGUGUCAAGUCAGUCACACCAGCAUGUGGAAGAGCUGACGUGGGACGAAAUAUACACACGGGAUACCAUGCUCCUACUCAUUACAUACUUGAUUUUUGCUUUCUGCAAUGUUUCUUUCAACUCGCUGUUUCCAAUCUUCGCGCAAGCCAAACCGCCCAUGGGACGCCACCUUACGCCCUCUGAGAUCGGUCUGUCUCAAGGAUUCGCUGGAAUUGUGACAAUCAUUUUCCAAAUUUGCAUUUUUAAUCGCCUGCGUGAUAAGAUGGGCAACCGAUGGUCCUACCGUGCAGGUCUGUUCGGUUUCGUUGUCUCUUUCCUCCUGAUGCCUUUUAUUGGAUACAAGAGCGAGGACAGCAAGGGCCUGACUGGCAAAUCUGCUCUCAUGGCCGUCGAGCUGUGCCUCGUGUUACUGGUCAAGACCAUUGCCUCUGUUGGUGGCUUGACCAGUGCUCUGCUACUGGUUACAAAUACCGCUCCGAACCACGCAGUCCUGGGUGCCCUCAAUGGCCUCGCGCAGACCCUCAGCGCCGCCGGCCGUUCCGUCGGCCCAUUCCUGUCUGGAGGUCUCUUCUCCCUAACAGCCAAGAUUCAGCCCAAGGGAGAAGCUCUGGCAUUUGGUGUCUUCGGGGCUGUCUCAUUCAUCGGAUUCAUCAUGAGUUUCGGAAUCCGCGGUCGCUCCCUCGAGGCAGAGGGCUGGGGCGGCGAUGAUAGUGACGACGGAAACUAUAAAUCCGAUGAUGAUGAUGAUGAUGAAGCCAACGGUGCGUAA